AUGUGGGUCGCCGCAUUUCGCACUGGGCCGUUCCCAGCCUCCCAGCCCCCUCCUCCACGAUAUCAUCCUCCACCUGCCCAUCUUAAACCUCAUCUCUCUGUUCGUCUCACCCCUACUGUCCCGGUCGUUCUAGUCGUCGCUCCCACCUCUGUCUUUGAAGUCCCUUUAUUCCGCGCUCUGUCUCAAAUUCCAUCUCCGUUCCCCGCGGUUGACCCCUUGCCACUCUUGAUCGAUCUACUCCGACCAUGUCUCAAAAUACUCGUCAUUCUGAAAGUCCCCCUCGCUGCCCCAGCUGAGAUUAUCGCCCCGGCAACUCCUGUUCGCCGGGCUACUUUAUCGCCCUCUCCAGAUCUCAGUGCCGGCAUCAAGGCACGAUCCUCGCAAUCGGACAGGAAGCUCGAGUCCUCACAACCUCUUUCUUCGUCUGAUAUGACUCCCCCACCCUCUACUCAGAUCCCCGGAGCGCCUCUGCGCCGAUCGCACUCUCGCUCUAUCAGCCCAUCUCUCGUCACUCCAGCGAACCUCGAUAAGUCGCUGUACGAUGCCUAUGGGGCAUCGGACAAUCUUCCAAGCAUUGAAGAUAUUAACAAUGCAAAUGAAACGCAACUGCGCUCUAUCGCCAAAGACCUGUUGGCUGCUGCCCAGGAAGCCCGCAUGUCUGCCUUGCACUUCAAGUUGCAAAACAGUCUCGUUUCAUUUGCCAGCAAUGAGGCUGUAAAGCGUGCCGAGGUCGAGCACCACUUGGCGAAGCGGGAGGUGGAAAUCUUGCAAAGCGCUGAAUACCGUCGGUCUCGUCCCGUGGAGCCCCUCACUCCCAGACAAUCACAGUCGGUAUCAUCCGAGGAUUACUUCAAUGCAGUUCAGCGCGCUAAGGAGCUUGAAAAUAUGAAUGCCGUGCUAGACCGUCGUCUUCGACGUGCCAAGCGUGCCAUUGAUGAUGAAACCGCCCGGUCUUCUGAGUUGAAAGAGAAGAAUCUCAUGUUGAGAAAACGCAUCGAAGACAACCGCUCUCAUUUCUCUCAAUUAUACAACUUUGGUUGCCUAUCUCCAGGCAUGCAAAAUGAAUUACACAAUAUAUGUCGUGGCGAACCUACGGACGGUCUUGCUACCCUCCUCUUCGCUGGAGAGUUCACCAACCGUAUCCAAGAGCCUACGUAUAGGGCCCCCACGCUUCCAAUGACCCCCAACCGCUCUUCUCAGCGAGAGGAGUAUUCGACUCCUCACCAGGGCUCACAGGAUCACCGAUACGAUAGUGAUAGCACUGUUUCUCUUUCUGCCCAAGAAUCUGAGGAAGAAACUCUGCACCCGCAACAUCCCGAGGCUCGGUACACUGCACCCAAGACCAGCACUCUUCUUCAAACAAAGUUGUUUGGGCAGGUCAAGAAACCUGGUGUGGAUCGCAGUUCGUCUAACAAGCGCAAGGCUGGUUCCAACGAGACCAGCUCUACACCCAAGAGAGCUAGAAACAGUGGUGGGGUCGGGUUGGGUAUUGAAACCUAA